AUGACUUUAUGCAAUUUGGUACUUGAAACACAUUUGGCACACUACACCGCUCCCCUCAUCCUCAUCAACAAGAGUGACAGACAGCCACUGCGUAACCUAUCUGGUUGGACUGGCCAGCCUAACAAAUCCUCAGACUGGCCUGUCCAAGCAGUUCUCAGACAUGGUUGUCCGACGAGAGCUUGGACAAGCCAGCUCAACAAAUUGUCGGACGAGAACUUCUCGGGAAGGCCGGUCCAAAGUUAG